AUGGCUCCUUGUAGCUUAACCUUAAAACGUAGUUCUAAUGGUUCUUCCAUUAAAACUAGGUUUGCUUAUAGGUUUCUUAGAGGCUUCAAGAGAUUGAACAAGGACAAACCCAUAAAUAGUAACACUUCAUCUUGUGCUAUAGAGAUAUAUAAUCGUUAUCGUCUGAUUAAGUUUGCUGCUAAUGCAUCCAUGGCUUCAGCGGUCGGGUCAAGGCGGGUAUGGAGUCGCGCCGUGCUUAGGAGAAUCCGAUUCCGCGUUUCUGUGAGAGGAAGAAGGAGGUCUGGGGCCUUAUUAAGGAGAAGAGAGAGACUUGGGCGGGCCAACAAGCUCCGGAAGCUCGUGCCCGGAGGAGAAGCCAUGGAUAUGCUAAGCUUGUUGGCAGAGACUGCACACUACAUAAAGUGCCUCACCACCCAGGUACAGGUCAUGAGAAAUAUUGUUGAUUGCUACUCUACUUGA